AUGGCUACAAUAUUUUUUAGCAUUGUUUAUCUUUCUCUUUUUCUCUCUGAUAUUUUCUUAAUUUCAACACCGGCGAAUGCAAGAUAUACUAACGACCCCUUGCCUUCACCAAGAGUUGAUAUUUCACCAAAAGACCGAGCAGCAAGGCCUAUAAGAUCACUCGAUUUAUUUUCCCAAGAAGAUAUCAACAUCGUAAAAGACAACUCUUCGGAUAUUGAUGCUCCAAGACUAGUUGAGAAAAAAAUUAAGUUUCCUUUUCUUCCAGUUUCUGAUCCUUCUGUGGAAGAUCUCCGACAUUAUGCUGGUUACUACCACCUUCCACAUACACUAGGUGCAAGAAUGUUUUACUUCUUCUUUGAAUCACGGAAUCAAAAUAACAAUAACGAAGAUCCAGUUGUAAUAUGGUUGAGUGGAGGACCUGGAAUCAGUUGUAGCAUUGCUUUAUUUUACGAAAAUGGCCCUUUUCAUAUUAAAGAAGCUUUGUCUCUUAUAUGGAAUGAUCAUGGCUGGGACAAGAUAUCAAAUAUUAUAUAUGUUGACCAACCUAUCGGAACAGGUUUUAGUUAUACAAUUGACGACAGUGACAUAAGACACGAUCUAACUAGUAUCAUUAAGGAUUUGUAUAAUUUCUUGAAGGCAUUUUUUAUAAAGCAUACUAAGUUGACUCGCAAGAAGUUCUUUAUAACCGGGCAAUCUUAUGCUGGCCACUAUGCUCCUGCUCUAGCUUCUAAAAUUUUGGAGGAAAAUGAAAAAAUCAAUAUUGACAAUCGUAUAAAUCUCCAGGGAUUAGCUAUCGGUAAUGGACAUAUAAAUCCUUACAUCCAAUCCCCAACAAUACCAGUGUUUGCUUGGAUUCACAAAUUGAUUAGAGAAUUGGAUUACUCAAACAUAGAAGAAAAUUUUAUGAAAAUAUGUCAAUCAUCUGCAAAAAGUUGUGAGAUGUUGAAUACUAAAAUGUUCUUGAUCGAUCUUUUUUGUUGCUCACUAGUCGAUGGUGUUAGAAAGGAUUGUCCUAUUGCAUUUGAUGACUGUCUUGACAUGAUUACAAGGAUCCGAGAACGUGCUGGAAAUAAAAAUUUUGCUGAUAUUAGAAAGGAACGCGUGAAUCAUUUAAAUUACGACUUCUCAGAGAUGGAAACUUUUUUGAACAAGCAAUCUCUAAAAGAUGCUCUCGGUGUAUAUGAAAAACCAUUUGUUGCAAUAAGUGAUUCGUUGUUAAAGGCAUAUUCGAAGGAGGACUACAUGAAGAAUUCUGAUGUUGAAAUUUGUGCUUUACUUGAUAAAGGAAUCAAGGUCCUUAUCUACGCAGGAGAUCAGGAUCUCAUUGGCAACUGGCGUGGAAUUAUGGAGUUGGUGUUGGAAAUGGAAUGGAGUGGCAAGAAAGAGUUUAAAGAAGCACCGAUUGUUCCGUUUGAGGUUGAUGAUGCAGACGCAGGAGCUAUGAUGAUCCAUGAUCCUCUCAGUUUUGUUAGGGUUUAUAAUGCUGGUGCCAUGGUCCCAAUGGAUCAACCAAAAGUUUCUUUUCAAUUGAUACAAACCUGGAUGCAAGGCGAACUCAACUGA